CCAGCAGCUGAGCAGUGAAUAGCCGCUGGAGUGGACGGGGUUUGAGGUGUCAGUUCCGGCCACCCAUGCACUGAGGCACCGCAGGGGCUGUGUAGGAAGAGGUCAACAAUGCGGCGUCGGGCAGGUGUUGGAGCCAUCCAGCGGCAGAAGAUACAGCAGGACAAGUUCAAGGAAAAGGGAAGUGAGCUGCAGGAGAACCAGCUGGAACAGAUGACACUUCAGAUGGAAAAGUUUCGUGAACACUUGGAAAAUUUUGCUGCAAAACAUAAAAAUGAAAUAAAGAAAAAUCCUCAGUUCAGGAAGCAGUUUCAGGAGAUGUGUGCCUCCAUAGGGGUGGACCCACUGGCCUCUGGCAAGGGGUUCUGGUGUGAGAUGCUUGGUGUGGGCGACUUUUACUAUGAGCUGGGCGUGCAGGUGGUGGAGCUGUGCGUGGCCACCAGUCACCGCAACGGCGGCGUAUUAUCCCUGGACGAGGUGCUGCUCAGACUCAACCACAGACGCAGACCAGACAACCAGAUCAGCAGUGAUGACAUUGUGCGUGCAGUGAAGAAGCUCCGAGUGUUAGGGUCUGGUCUGGAGGUUGUUGCUACUGGCUCAUCCCAGUUUAUUUACUCCAUCCCUGGGGAACUCUCCAUGGACCACACGGCCCUGCUGCAGCAUGCUGAGAGUGUGGGACAUUUGACUGUGGCCUCAGCUGCAUCUGGCUUGGGAUGGUCCCAGGAAAGGGUCAGCCGGGCAUUGGAUCAUCUGUUGCGGGUUGGAGUUGCUUGGCGAGAUGACCAAGACCGUCCUCCAUCCUACUGGUUCCCUGCUUUUUUCCAGCAGUGUGCCACAGCUGCUGAAUAGGGACACAGUGACAGUAGCUCACAGAAACCCUGUAUACAAGUUCACAGGCUCCUUUUUUUCUGUUAACAUUGUUCAUCAUGUACCAUCCUUAUAUUGUUUUGUGGAAGUACCACUCUAAAUUGAUUUGGUAUAAUGGAUAAAAAAGCAUAAUGCUUCAUAUGCCUGUUCUCUUUAGGAAUUGGUUAGAUACAUUGAUUAUUUACAUUGUCAAAAUAUUUUAAUGAAAAAACUGCAGUAUAUAUACCCCUUGUAAUUCAUUGUAACCAAUUUUAUAAACGAAAAGUUGAUUAAUCAUCUACCUCAUCGAGACUUGGUUUUGUCUAAGGAGGUACUAAGCUUCUUAUGCUGAUACUCAGUGAAGUCCUUAGGUGUAGAUUACUGUGCUUUCAUUAUAUGUGCCUAGACAUUCAUUAUGUUGAGGAACUUAAGUGAUGACAAUUAAUUAUAUUUAUAUUGUAAUGCAUUCACUCAUAAGUAUCCUUUCACAAGUAUAAACUAAGAUAUGCCUUUUAAGGAGGGUGCCAAGGGGGGUCCCUCCUGGGCACACAGUAUGUCCUAUGGCUUUGAAAUUUUAGUAUGUUAUUUGUUGGUGUAAAUGUAUGACAUUCUGUGAAUUUUGUGAAAUUUGGGUGAAUGUGUAUGGGAGACUCAAACAAAGCAUAAAAUCUUCUUUUUGUUUCACAGACUUUACCUUUUAGUUAAUUGUUUUGAAAAAAAUACCAUAGAAACUUUGUGUAUAUAUCUACAUUCCUCAUUUUGUAAGUUUUUGAUUUUUUGUUUUGGCAUCGGAAAAAAAUUAGAUUUUUUUUUUCACUAAUAAUUUUCUCCACUUUUUCUCCCAUUUUUAGAUUUUUAAAAAUGUACAAAAUGAGAAAAAUUGCCAUUUAGUUGUAGUUUAUAUUGAAACCUUAUAAAAGACUGUCAGACGUUUUGUUGAUUUUGUGAAAUUUUUUGAAGUGUGAAUAACAAAUUUUCAAGAUUUUGGCUCCUAAAGAAUUUUUUUUUCCAUUUCAUGUGUCUUGCCAUUUGUAUUAAUUUGAUUGGCAUAAAAUCUUCACAUAUGAUUGUUUAUACCUUGUUCACUUACUGGAGAAGGAUAAGCCAUCUAGUCCCCCUUUAUAAUAAAAAGUAUUAUCACUCAGAGGUGGUGGUGGUGAUGGUGAGGUUGGUGUGAAGACAGAGUUGUGACUCUUUCUUCUUGCAUUGCUUUCUUGCAUGUUUCCUGGGUCUCCAUUUUGUUCCAGAAGCCUUCUUCAUGUUCAUAAAUCUGCUCAUGGUUGCUUUGCGCUUGUACGUCAUUGUAAAGACGUUUUGGGGUAGUAGCGCAGCAAAAAAAUUCAACGUCCUCCCCGGUCAAAGUCUGGGUGAAAACUGAGCAGCAGAGCUCGCAUUUCACAUUCGCCAACUGUCACAAGUGGAUAGAGGGAUGACGGAUGACAAAGUUUAGAGGUAAAAAGACUAUUUUUAAUGUGAAUUUUACGUGCAUACAAGCCCUGAGAAAUACCAGGUGUGCUGGUGUGCUAUGACGUAACAGCACGGGGCAUUUAAAUCUCUGAAAGGGACCCUGUUUUUUAAUAUUCUACAAAAUUAUGCUUCAUUACCUGGUAGUGCAUAGCAUCCCUGACAUGUUGAGCGAGAAAAACUAAUUUAGUCAGUUUAAAAAAUAUUUGUCAAAAAUGUGUGUAUCAUCAUGCAUUUGACCAAAGUAUAACAUGUGCUACAUGCAUGCUUUUUUAAUCACUGAACAUAACUAUCAAACUGGGGACACCAGUUGAAAAUUAAUGUAUAAUGUAAUUUUCAAUUUUCAAUGAUUUAGUUGACUUCCUAGACCUAGAGGGAUGUUGAUAGGACACCUCUCUUAACCAAACAUAAUUUUUAGCAACUUUUUUUUUUUUUCUUUUCCCCAAGAUGUUUAUAAGACCCUUUCCUUAUCAGUGUUAAUACUUAUUCUAGUCUUAGUUUUUUUUUAGGCUGAGUUUGAGUCUGUAUAGAGCAAUCACAAUGGCAAAGAGAAAAGUUUGGUAUAAAACUACAUCAAUAUACAUGAAAAGUGCAAGCUAUCUGUAAAGCUACCACUUGUCAGAGCAAAGAUUCUUGUGGAUAGGUGGGGGGUGCCUUUAUCUUGUAGUGGUGGGUGCCCAUGUGUCCCAUUAUGACCACCAUAGUUAAAUAAUGUCAAUCACAAUCUAAUGGGGCAAGAUAAAGUGGUUCUGAGGCUCUCAAAAUAAGUUGUGUAAUAGGGUAAAGACUCAGUUGUGUAAAUUUUGAUAUGUGACAGUUAUAUUCUUGGAAAAAGUAUUGCACACUUAAGUAUCCAUUGCAUGAUAAUACUUCAGAGGACAUUGCUAUUAAAGGGAUAACAUUUUACUAAGGUGCUGUGUGCUUGCAGCUUGUAUAUUCAAUGUAUAUUCAUUUCCUUAGGGUUUACUUUUUUUUUCAUUAAAAGACUUGAAGUAAAUGAUGAAAUAUACCAGUAUUUAAAUAUGAAUAAAGUUUCACUUAUA